AUGCAGGCCAUCAAGCAAGCUCUGCACAUUGGUUCCAAUGGCGCUCCUCGCCCCGAGCCCGCCGCUUCGGACGUGGCCGAGCUCAAGCAGAAAUACACAGACGCCGAGCAAGGCCACGUCUUCACCUUUUACGACUCCCUCGCCGUCGAUGAAAAGGCUGGUCUCUUCGAGCAGCUCUCCGGCUUCGACCCCGUCCGCAUCAACGAGUACGCCCAACGCGCCCUCAAGCCCGCCGAGACAAACAACAGCCAGCCCGCCGUCCUCGAGCCCCUGCCCGAGUCCGCCACCGCUAGUAUCCUCGACUCCAAGCCCGAAGAGCUCACAAAAUGGAAUGAUGCUGGCCUCGACCUCAUUGCCAAGAACCAGGUCGCCGUCGUCCUCAUGGCCGGCGGCCAGGGCACCCGCCUCGGCAGCUCCGCCCCCAAGGGCUGCUACGACAUUGGUCUGCCCUCCCACAAGUCCCUCUUCCAGAUCCAGGCCGAGCGCAUUCGCAAGGUCCAGGGGCUCGCCGCCGCCAAGUCGGGUGCCAAAGGCGUCGUCGUUCCCUGGUAUGUCAUGACCAGCGGCCCGACUCGCCAACCAACUGAGGAGUUCUUUGAGAAGAACAACUAUUUCGGCCUCGACCGCGCCAACGUCCGCAUCUUUGAGCAAGGCGUCCUGCCCUGCAUCUCCAACGAAGGCAAGAUCCUCCUCGAGUCCAAGGCCAAGGUCGCCGUCGCCCCCGACGGCAACGGUGGCAUCUACCAGGCUCUUAUCCUCUGGGGCAUUAUCGACGACAUGCGCAAGCGCGGCAUCCAGCACAUCCACGCCUACUGUGUCGACAACUGCCUUGUCAAGGUCGCCGACCCCGUCUUCCUGGGCUUCUCCGCCGCUCACAAAGUCGACAUCGCCACCAAGGUGGUUCGCAAGCGCAACGCCACCGAGUCUGUCGGCCUCAUCCUCUCCCGUAACGGCAAGCCCGACGUUGUCGAAUAUUCCGAGAUUGACAAGGCCACCGCCGAGGCCGAGGACCCCGCCCAGCCAGGCGUCCUCAAGUUCCGCGCCGCCAACAUUGUCAACCACUACUACUCCUUCGACUUCCUCGAGUCCAUCCCCCAGUGGGCGCACAAGCUGCCCCAUCACGUCGCUCGUAAGAAGAUCCCUGCCGCCGACCUCGAGACUGGCGAGACCGUCAAGCCUGAGAAGCCCAACGGCAUCAAGCUCGAGCAGUUUGUCUUUGACGUCUUUCCCAUGCUGCCCCUUGACAAGUUUGCUUGUAUGGAGGUCCAGCGCGAGGAUGAGUUCUCCCCGCUCAAGAACGCCAAGGGCACCGGUCAGGAUGACGAGGAUACCAGCCGCGCGGACAUCAUGGGCCAGGGCGAGCGGUGGGCCAAGGCCGCUGGUGCUACCGUCGUUGCUGACGGCGGUGUCGAGGUUUCACCCCUCAUCAGCUAUGGCGGCGAAGGCUUAGACAAGCUUAACGGCAAGACUAUCCAGGCUCCCGCAGUCGUGGAGCUCGACUAA